AUCAAAUUUUUGUAAAUAAAGCAGGACGAAAACGCCUAGAUAUCGUGUCUANCACGAUACUCAAGUGCGCGCGAGGGUUGCCAAAGACACAUCAACCAUUUCCCUUUCCCGCCGAGUCACACACUACAUCACUCCCAAACUGAAAUUCUGGUAACCCUUNCUUCAAAUUCAUCUUCUCCGUCUCAAAACAGCACAACCAAACCAAAUAAUCAAUCCAUGAUAUCACUGUCACACUGUCCAUGCCCUUGAAAAGCUUUAUCCGGCGGAGGCUAUUGUCUCUGCUUCAGCCGUGGCUCCGAGAAGAGCCUCACCUCGAUCUCCAAUUAGGGUUCCUCCACUCUCUCGCCGUUCUUACCAACCUCAGCUUCGAUGUUUCCNCUCUCAACCGCCUCUUCGACUCUCCCGCGUUCCUGUUCUUCAAGGACCUUUCCGUCGAUCGCAUCACCUUUACGUUCUCCACCUGGUUCCCUCCGGCCUUCACGAUCGAACUUCACGGCGUGCGCGUAGUGCAAUCGUUCGAGAAGCCGGAAGCUGAGGAAUGCGUGGCGCGGUUGCGAAAUUCGAAGUAUGAUCAUUCGGAUUAUCUGAGAAAAAAACUCUCGGCGCUUGAUCCUGAGGGAAAUUGCUUAGGGAUNAGUUGGUAGAUUUGUUGAAAACGAGGAAAGGGCUGUUCAUUGCAUCACAUUUUGGAGAGAAUCUUAUUUUGAUGUAUCUGAGAAAAAAAAUUUAACAAUAUCUUUUUGGAAUAUUAUUUUGAAAAACUGUCAUCUAGUGGCACAUCGCAUUCANGUGGAGGUUCAAUUGCCAAUCUUAAAUGAUGAGUUUACGUGUUUUGGGGAAAUAAGUGAGUUUAAUGCAAGACCUAAAUGUGUGGAUAAAAAAUUCCUNCUUACAGGUUUUGUCCGUACAAUUUUUACUCCAGUGAAAGAGAACACUGUUAUAUUAAAAGGUGAUGGAUUCAGGGUCAGAUUAGUUGGAAAAAACUCCACAGACCAUGCUUUGGUUUCUUCCGAUGUACAAAUUUAUAUUAAAUUCAGAGAUCUUAAGCUGAUAAAUUGCACUCUCUGUAUNCCAGAACUGGCUUUUUCAUUAUCUCCAGAUGGCAUUUCUGCAUGUCUACUUUUUCACAAGUUGCUAUCUAAUAAGUACAAUCAAUCUAGAAGUGCUGGAGAAUUAUGGAGAAUAGCUGCCAGCAGAAUUGGCCAUGUGACUGUAACUCCUAGGUUGUCAUUAUAUAGAUUAGUUGGAGUUAUAGGUCAAUGGAUACAUUACGUCAAUGCUUAUGAGAAUAUCUUGCUGUUAUUUGGAUAUUCUACUAGCUGCACAUGGAAAAACNUCAUUUCUAAAAUGUCUUAUAAUAAACCGAUUUUAAGUUCUGCUAGAUGUCAUUGGGAGUUGAUCUCUGACAUUGAGAAAAAGUUGCCUAUUGAAGGCAUAUCACUGGGAAGGAGAAUAGCCCGUCACAGAGCAGCAUUGAAGUUUUCAAUUAAUUGUCAUGAGGAAAUCACUACUACAAAUAGAAUUUUUCGUCCU